AUGGAAGAAAUGCAAACACUUGACAUAGACAAGACAGCAAUUACUGAAUUGCCAUCUUCAAUUUGCAAUCUUAUUGGACUUGAAAUCUUACACGUGGAAGAGUGUCGUAAUCUUGCGCAACUACCAGCUAGCAUUUGCACAUUACCAAACCUUUGGAAACUGAGAGCAAAUUCCUGUGAAGGAAUGAGUCAUUUUAAGAUGUGUGAAGGUGGAGAAUGCAUCAAAGAGUAUCACAAUUUGAAAUAUCUUUUGUUGGAUAAUUGCGACAAACUUGAGCAUAUUGGAGGGAUGCCACCAGACUUGGAGAAAUUUAGUGCCAUACGUUGCACAUCAUUGACUAAGUUAUCCAAAAACAAAGUAAUGGAGCCGGCAAUGAACUUUCGAUCUGGGAAAAGAAACUUUAUUUUACCUGGAGAAAAAUUUCCAGAAGGGCUCCACAACUAUAGUCGGGAAAAUUUUGUGUCAUUCUGGGUUCGCAAUAUGUUCCCAAUGACUUUUCUCUGGAUUCUUGUUAAAGAUAACCAGGAUGAUGUCUACAGUUGUCAAUUCUCUGUGGACAUUGACGAGGCCAUCAGGCUGGGUAUUUCUUCUAUGUGGAGUUCAUUGUCACCAAUAAAGACUAAUCAUAUUUAUAUAUGUGAUAUGCAAAGCAUGAUUCACAACACUGAACUCCCCAUUACAAAUGAGUGGAGUCAAGGGAAGGUUUCUAUUCAGAGCACAACACAGGAAACAGAAGGCGAAAAAGAAAUUUACCUUGGAGUUCAUGUAUACUAUCUACAAAGCAACUUGGAAAAUAUUCAAUUCGUGGAACCCGGGGAUUACUCAACAAAAGAGAUGUGUAUUAUGCACGGGUUUGGAUCUUAUCAGGAUUUAGAAAUUUUGGAAGAUGGCGGUUAUAGGGGUAUAACAUAUCCAAUUUGGUCAGGAGAUCGUUGCUACGACAACUUGAUUAAGUUGCGCCUAACAGAUUGCAACAGAUGUCGGAGAAUUCCUGCACUUGGCGAACUGCCUUCUCUGAGGUCCUUAAGGAUUGAAAGAUUACAAAGUGUGGUGACUGUGGGUUCCGAGUUUUACAAGGCUGCAAAUGAUUGUGCUUCCCUCAUAGUACCGUUUCCGUCGCUUGAAACUCUUCAUUUUGAAGAGGGUCUGGAGAUUAUGUCACGUCCACUGCUUGCUUCUUCUAUCCCAAAGUGUCCAAACAUUCACCAGUUAGCUAUAAUUAAAAGUCCAAAUGUAAUGUUGCAAGAGCAAGAAUUACCACCAUCCCUACGCGGCCUGGCAAUUUCAGGUGGGCGCAUGUUGGAGCCUCUGUCUGAAAAGUUGCAUAUUGAAGAUUUAACGGUGGAUUGUUCUGAUGCUCUGCCACCUGCAGUGAUUCACAUUCCCGCUUCAGUGAAACAGUUAGAGGUGAGAAACUGUGAAAAUCUCAAGGAUUUUUUGGUUUAAAAGGCCCCUCUUCUUCAUCUCCGAAAGAUUUCCCUUUACAAAUGCAAGUUUCUGCCGUCCUUGUUUGAUGACAUGGAACGUCUUGUCCCAAAUUUAGAAGAGUUAAGAAUAGCAGGAUGUCCAGAAAUGGAGCCAUUUUCAGCAAGGUCCUUAUCAUCCAGUUCAAAACGGCUUGAGAUAAGAGAGUGUGACAAGUUAUUGUCACGUCAUACACAACGGCAUCGCCUUCCAACUAUCACUGAGCUUCUCAUCUCUACUCUAUCU